AUAGAAUGUGUAAUUGUUGAACUUUAUAAGGUAAGGCCAGACUGUUUUUUAAAGUUAUUAUACCAGAAUACACUUCCAUCAGCAAUGUAUAAGAAAUCCUCUGGAUUCAUAUACCGUUUAUUCAGAAAAUCUAAUUCAAUGCCAUUAUUUUCAGAUGAAGGUCGCUAGUUUGUCCAAAUAGCUUGCACUCAACGGAUAAUCUAAAGUUUGAUGGUUUAAACCUACCAGCGGUCCACAGGAGAAAAGGUCUGGUGAAUGCUUCAAUAAAGAUUAUAGGCAGGAAACUCUAUGGAGCAUUUCUACUCUGUCACACGUAGGGCCACCAUGCCUAGGAAUCAACUCAAUAGCAACUAACAACUACAGUCUUCAGAUGAGUUUAAAACAAGCUGGACUAAAUGGAAGAAGUAAAACAGUCCGCAGUGUCUGAAUUUAUUAUUCUGGGACUUUGUGAUCCACGGGAGCUCCAGGUUUUCCUCCCAGUGAUAUUUUCUUCGCUUUAUUUGAUCACUAUUUUAGGCAACAUCUUCGUUGUGCUCUUAAUCAUUGCUGACCUCCAUCUUCACUCCCCCAUGUACUUUCUCUUGGCCAAUCUCUCUUUCAUUGACUUCUGCCUUUCCUCGGUCACUACACCUAAAUUGAUCACGGACUUUCUAAAGGAAAAAAAGACCAUCUCCUUUGGAGGCUGCAUGUGCCAGAUUUUCUUUGGACAUUUAUUUGGAGGUAGUGAGAUGGUGCUGCUUGUGUCAAUGGCCUAUAACCGUUAUGUGGCCAUCUGCAAGCCACUCCAUUACUCCAGCAUCAUGAACAGACAAAUGUACAUUGGGUUAAUGAUGACAUCAUGGAUCAUUGGCUUUGUUCAUUCAAUAAGUCAACUAGCUAUGAUUGUAAAGCUGCCUUUCUGUGGACCUAGGGAAUUGGACAGCUUUUUCUGUGAUAUUCCAUUGGUGAUCAAGCUAGCGUGCAUGGAUACACAUAUUUUGGAAGUGCUGAUAAAUGCAGACAAUGGAAUACUGACAACCAUUUGCUUCAUCCUGUUGCUGAUCUCCUACUCUUAUAUUCUGUUUACUGUUUGCCAUUUCUCUAAAGAUGGGGCAUCCAAGGCUUUCUCCACCUGCACUGCCCACAUCACGGUGGUGGUGCUAUUCUUUGGGCCCUGCAUCUUCAUCUAUCUGUGGCCAUUCAGCAUCACCUGGGCAGACAAGUUUCUUGCUGUACUAUAUGUAAUCAUCAUACCUCUCCUGAAUCCAGUUAUUUAUACUGUAAGAAACAAAGAGAUUAAAAAUGCCAUGAAGAGACUACGGCAUUAGCAUAUGGAAUUCAGUUGGUAUUUCAGGGCCUCACAUUAUCAGAAUGUUUACUAUAAGUUCCCUAAUUUAGUUACACCUGUCCUGUUAAUCUGAACUAGGAGGCAUUCCCCAAUUCACAUACGGAAAACAUGUGUAUGUCCAAAUGUAUGGUUUGUGUCAAUUCUAUUCC